CUUGCUCCCAUUCACAAUCCAGCUUUCCGUCUGGCGCAGAAAAUUCCGCGAGUACAGAUCAAUCUGCGAUUUAUGAUCUUUUUAGUACUAUUUUUGCGAAAACUCAGAUGUUCUUUGAUCGUUUUUUAGGAGAGUGAUCCACGCCCCAAGAACCACAGAACAAGCUUUGUGCUCCGCGUAUGAAUGUGUGUGGAUUUUGGAUCACGCCUGUUUACUGCGCUACCUAAUGACAUGACAUGAAUGUCAGUCGGUCAAGGUCCAGUCUCCAGCUGUGGCUACAGGGUCCGUUUUUAUUAGCACAGCUUUUUUUUUUUUUUUUUUUUUACCUGAACCCAUUCUCAACGAGAUUCUUCUUUUUUUGUAUGAUUAUAUGAUUUUAAAGCUUUGACUCCUGUAAGGUUUUGCGCUUUGGACAACUGGUAUGGAAAAUCUGCGUCUCUGGAAAAGGACUGUAUUAGAAUUCCACGAAAUCAUAGCACUAUCCAGUAAGGAUUCCUAGCUUUACACCGACUCAUGUCUUACAACCCUAACAAGCAUCUGUUCGGAUGUCCACAAGCCUCCUGAACAUGUGAAUCCACGAACAUUUUGGAUUUGUCCGAAAAGCCUUGUUACUGAAAGUCUCUAAUCUGUCUGCGUUGUUGUAGCUCGGCUUUGUUUUCUUUACAGUGAUUUAGUCCUGUUCAGUACGCAGUGAUUAGUGAGAAACACAAGGGAUCUUAAAAAAAAAUCAGCUCUGAAAUAAAUAAAAAAAAAAGUAGCAGAAUGUCGGCGGUAAUGAUCCCGAAAAAGGUGACCCGUAAAUGGGAAAAGCUGCCAGGAAAGAACACUUUCUGCUGCGAUGGCCGAGUGAUGAUGGCAAGACAGAAGGGAGUGUUUUACCUCACACUCUUCCUCAUCAUCGGGACCUGCUCUCUAUUCUUCGCAUUUGAGUGCCCGUACCUGGCUGUCCACCUUUCUGUGGCUAUCCCGGUCUUCGGCGUGGUUCUCUUCCUUUUUGUCAUGGCUAUGCUGCUGAGGACGAGCUUCAGCGACCCAGGCGUGCUGCCCCGCGCCCUGCCCGAGGAAGCCAACUUCAUUGAGAUGGAGAUUGAGGCAGCCAAUGGAAGCGUCCCGGCUGGACAGCGCCCUCCUCCUCGCAUCAGGAACGUGCAGAUCAACAACCAGAUUGUCAAGCUGAAAUACUGCUACACCUGCAAGAUCUUCCGUCCUCCACGUGCUUCCCACUGUAGCAUCUGUGACAACUGUGUGGAUCGCUUUGAUCAUCACUGCCCAUGGGUUGGAAACUGUGUGGGGAAGAGGAAUUACCGCUACUUCUACCUGUUUACACUCUCUCUCUCCCUCCUUACCAUCUACAUCUUCGCUUUCGACAUUGUUCAUGUCGUACUACGAUCAGUGGACUCGGGAUUUGUGAACACUCUUAAGGAAACCCCUGGCACUGUGGUGGAGGUGCUGGUGUGCUUCUUCACACUGUGGUCUGUUGUAGGACUGACGGGCUUCCAUACAUACCUGAUCUCGCUCAACCAGACAACCAAUGAAGAUAUAAAAGGUUCAUGGUCAGGGAAAAACCGUAUCCAGAAUCCAUACAGUCACAAGAACAUCAUCAAGAACUGCUGUGAGGUGCUCUGUGGUCCCGCUUACCCAAGUGUUCUGGACAGAAGAGGGGUGAUGCUUGAAGAACCUUCGGUCUCCACUCCUUCUGGUGCUUCUGAUGCUACUGCCAACACAAACACUACUGUUCCACCCAACUCAAAAACCACAGCUCCUCUGAUUCCCAAUGAACACACUCCUGAUGAUGCCAAGCCCAGCAUCGCCACUGCCCAAAAAACCACCGCCAGCAACCCAAAAGAGGAGAAACCAUCCAGCCCAAGAGACUUGUCCCCUAAAAUCCCUGCCCCCAUUGUUGUGAAAGAGUCAGCCCACUAGAUCUCUGCUACAACUCUGUGAAUGGCGUUUCAUUAAGGAAGAUGCAUAUUUGAACAAUCCAAAGGGCCACUCGCUCUGAGAAAGACUCUGAUCAUCAGAGCAGCAUCUAUUCCUCACUGUCCAUGUUCAGGUGAAGGUCAUAUCAAGCUUGGCUGCCUUACUCAUGAAGGCAUCUGGUGGUAACACUCUCACUCUGUCUGUGAAACGCUGCAUGGCAAAAACACACAAAAAGACAAAAUAUCAAAACAUCGUCUACUUGCAAAGCUUUUCUUCCAGGAGCAUUUCUUGAUGGCUGUUCGUCAUUAAUUAACCUUCCAUAUGAUCUGAUGCAUAACACCUGUAGAUCUUUGUGCAGUGGUUAGUGAAACAGGUCCUAUGCAACAAAAACAUACAGAGGAUUUUUUUAAAAAAAAAGAGAGACCAGCCACAACUAAACAUUCAAACAGGUGAAUUUAUGUCCAACAGUAAAGUGGGAUCAACUGGACACCAUUUUCAAAUACCCAUGAUGUUCAUUUACAUUAUUCUAUCUAUGUCAGUGACACAAACUGUCUUUUGAUUUCUUAUUAAAUAUUAUUCACCAAAGUGUGGCGCUCAGAAAGAGAACUCUUGUCGACACGAACAGUGUACAAAAACGUUGCAGCUCAGUCUGCGAUGAAGGACACCGUUAGACACUUUCUGUAUGUGAGGUGUGUAUAAAUUUCAGCACAUACAUGUCGGCCUGUUGUUGACAGACGCUCAUAACAGUGCCUUAUCUGAAAGCUGCACUAUCUCAGACAACAUGAGGCCAUUUGCAGAGGAUCCUUCAAAUUCCAUUUCAAUAUACAACCCAAACAGCAUACAACGAGUAUUAAAGUGAUCUCUUUUAAAAUAGAACACUAAUGAAAAGUUGACCUGCAAAAAUAUGAAAAAUAUCAACAAAUCAAGCCAUGAUGUAAAUGUACAAUGUUUAAAAAUAUUAAGAGUUUGUGGAUUUAAGAAGGGAAAGAAUGUCCAUGAAUGCACAUUAUGGUGAUUGUCCUCCCACUUAUGACAACAAGGGAGACGAGUGACCCCGGGCCAGACCUUCCUCCCUGGUCGUCGCCGCCUUCGUCAUCACCACCAUCACCAUCCUCCUCUUCUCUUCCUUCACUUGCAGCCAUGAGUUGGCAACCUUUUUUUGGGUUGAGCAGGAUAUUCAACUCAAAGUAAAUUGAAUUUAUUUCUCACAAUCUAUUUCCAGCAUCUGUUAGGUUCACACUGAGAAACAGUAUAGAUCAACGAGGCUUAGAAGAAGAAAAAGAAGAGGAAGUGUUUACAAUGGCAGACAAAGGGAAGUGAAAUAAAUGGAUAUAAUAUGCAAGAUUAUUUUGCCGGUCAACAUAUUUAAAUCAUGCUAUUCUGUGAUCUGUGCAAGUGUCUUUCCUUUUGACACGUUUUAUUUGUAUGUAGGGUAGAAUAGACACCAUUGUGUAUGCUUCAGCUAAUGUCUAGUGGAAGAAUGUUGAAUGAGUACAAGUACCAUUUACUACAUUCACAGUAUCUUCAACUGUGUGCAAUAUGUUUUGCUAGUUAGAGCAUUUUCUUUGUCGUUUGUGGGUUUGGGAGGGGAGGUGGGAGGGUUAAUGUAUAAUUACACUUGAAAUUUUGCUGACCACUAUAACAAGACAACUUUGUGUUGAAUGAAUGAAUGCGAAGAAGGGAGCGUGCAGUAUUUCUGUUUCCUGUGGUAGGGCUUGGAGUUAAACUAUAAAUGGAUGACUAAAGCAUGAGCUCUUUUUAGAGAUGUCAAGUCAAUCAUGGAAAAGCCUUUUUUUCUUUCAAAAUUAAAGCAGCCAUUUGAAUGUUAAUGCCUGGUUUCAAGAACACUACGUUUCAUAUAACUUAAUUAUUAUUAUUUUUUUUUUAUGAAAACAUUGUGUAGAACCUUGUACUUUGAAGUUUCAAUUAGCAACAGAUGCAAGGGGAUUUAGUUAUACAUUAGUGGAGGCCUUUGACUCUUAAUAACAAUGCUGCACCUACUUAAAUGUGUAAUAUCUCUGUUAGCAAACUCUGUGCUAAUAGAGGCAAGUGCACCAUGUUCAGAUUGGGCUUUAAGAUGAUCUAGUUCACUUCUUAUUGAUUUGCUGUACAGAGUAAAAAGAUCAGUUUCUUCUUACCAAAUCAGCAUGUUCUGGUGAGUAUGUUGUUGUUGUAUGAAGGGUUAAUUUGAUAGAUGAUUGCACUGCACUGCUGUCUGUGGAAGGUCUGCUUGUUUAAUGAUCAGGCCCACUGUGCUGAUUUUGAGGUACAGCUGAAGUGAUUGAUCAUGUGAGAUAUCUUAAUCUACAAUCAGUCCUAAUGCCAAGUCAUUGUAGAAGUUAAUGUGUAUUGAAUAUUAGCAACAAUUAAGGUUUGCUCGAUAUAUAUGUUUACAGUGUAUAGUCUAUACACUAUAAUGUAUUGCAAGAUAAUUAUGUUUCUGUUCAUUUCUUUUUGUAUAAACACUGUGAUUAUCUCAUACUUUUCUUUUUACAUGCUGGAUUGGUGUGUGUAUGUAUGGUCAUUAAAUUAUACUAUAUCUUAAUAUA